AUGUCAAAGAAGAGUGCUAGCAGCCGAGCUAAGGGAGAAAAACCUGAUGCCUUAGCUGCCUUACAAGCUGCCAAUGAAGAGCUCAGGACAAAACUCACAGACAUUCAAAUAGAGCUCCAACAAGAAAAGAGUAAGAUCAGCAAGUUGGAAAGAGAGAAAAACCAAGAAGUUAAACAGAUCAAAGAGCACGAACAGCAUAAAAACACAGUGUUGGUAACGGAACUUAAGGCCAAACUUCAUGAAGAGAAAAUGAAGGAACUCCAGGCUGUUCGAGAAGCACUUUUGAGACAGCAUGAAUCUGAGCUUCUUAGAGUCAUAAAGAUUAAAGAUAAUGAAAACCAGAGAUUACAGGGCCUUCUUAAUGCUGUAAGAGACGGGGCUCCUGAUAAGGUUAAAACAGUGCUUUUCACAGAAGCGAAAGAGGAGGCCAAGAAAGGGUUUGAAUCUGAGAAAAUAAAAAUGCAGCAAGAAAUUUCAGAACUUAAGGGGGCUAAGAGACAAGUGGAGGAAGCCUUAACUUUGGUCAUUCAAGCUGACAAAAUUAAAGCAGCAGAGAUAAGGAGUGUGUAUCACUUACACCAAGAGGAAAUCAGCAGGAUCAAGAGAGAGUGUGAAAGAGAAAUUCGCAGACUGAUGGAGGAGAUAAAAUUUAAAGACAGAGCAGUCUACGUGCUGGAAAGAGAGUUAGGGGUUCAAGCCGGGCAUGCUCAGAGACUUCAGCUCCAAAAGGAGGCUUUAGAUGAACAACUUUCCCAGAUCAAAGAGUCUGAUCGGCAUCUGAGCAGCCCCAAACGGGAACUUCCUUAUGCAAGUGGUGCAGGAGACGCUUCAGAUCAUUCAGGAAGCCCCGAACAGCAGCUGGAUGAAAAAGAUGCCCGGCGUUUCCAACUUAAAAUUGCUGAGCUAAGUGCAAUCAUCCGGAAACUGGAAGAUCGGAAUGCAUUGCUGUCAGAAGAAAGAAAUGAGCUUUUAAAACGUCUAAGAGAAGCAGAAAGUCAGUAUAAACCUCUCCUGGACAAAAAUAAGCGUCUCAGUAGGAAGAAUGAAGAUUUAUCCCAUGCCUUACGUCGAAUGGAAAAUAAAUUAAAAUUUGUAACACAAGAGAACAUAGAAAUGAGACAAAGGGCUGGGAUAAUAAGGAGACCAAGCUCUUUAAAUGAUCUUGACCAGAAUCAAGAAGAAAGAGAAGUUGAAUUUCUGAGGCUACAAAUUAUUGAACAGCAAAAUAUCAUAGACGAACUCUAUAAGACUCUUGAAACUGCUGGCUAUGUGAAGAGCGUAAUAGAACGAGAUAAGCUUUUAAGGUAUAGAAAACAAAGGAAGAAAAUGACAAAACUCCCUAAGCCGGUUGUGGAGACAUUUUUUGGCUAUGAUGAAGAAGCUUCUCUGGAGUCUGAUGGUUCUUCUAUCUCGUAUCAAACUGACAGAACAGAUCAAACUCCUUGCACUCCUGAUGAUGACUUGGAAGAGGGCAUGGCCAAAGAAGAAACAGAACUGAGAUUUCGGCAGUUGACAAUGGAAUAUCAGGCUUUGCAACGAGCAUAUGCUUUGUUGCAAGAACAGGUCGGAGGAACAUUGGAUGCAGAACGAGAAGUUAAGACGCGUGAGCAGCUCCAAGCAGAAAUACACAGAUCACAAGCUCAAAUAGAGGACCUAGAAAAGGCACUUGCUGAGCAGGGACAGGACAUGAAGUGGAUUGAGGAGAAGCAAGCAUUAUAUAGAAGAAAUCAAGAACUUGUAGAAAAGAUAAAACAAAUGGAAACAGAAGAAGCUCGGUUAAAACAUGAUGUUCAGGAUGCUAAAGAUCAGAAUGAACUCCUGGAGUUCAGAAUAUUAGAGCUUGAAGAGAGAGAAAGAAGAUCACCUGCUAUCAACUUUCAUCACAUUCCUUUUACUGAGGGGAAAAGUCCUCUCCAAGUUUACUGUGAGGCAGAAGGUGUAACGGAUAUACUCGUAGCGGAGCUAAUGAAAAAGUUGGACAUUUUAGGGGAUAACGCCAAUCUGACCAACGAGGAGCAAGUAGUUGUCAUACAAGCAAGGACAGUUCUGACACUGGCUGAAAAGUGGCUACAGCAGAUAGAAGUGACAGAAUCUGCACUACAGCAAAAGAUGCUAGAUCUUGAGAAUGAAAAGGAGCUAUUUAGUAAACAAAAGGGCUACUUGGAUGAUGAACUUGACUACAGGAAACAGUCUUUGGAUCAAGCACACAAGCAAAUUCUGGAAUUAGAAGCCAUGCUAUAUGAUGCCCUGCAGCAAGAAGCUGGAGCCAAAAUGUCUGAAAUUCUUUCAGAAGAGGAGAAAAGCAAGCUGAAGAAUGCUGUAGAGCAAUGGAAACGCCAAGUUAUGAGUGAACUCCGAGAGAGAGAUGCCCAGAUUCUGCGUGAAAGAAUGGAGCUCAUUCAACAUGCACAGCAGAGAAUUAAGGAGCUAGAAGAAAGAAUUGAAGGUCAGAAAAGACAGAUAAAAGAAUUAGAAGAAAAGACUACUGAGGAAGCUAGAAAUGCUUAUAUUCUUAUUGAGCAAGACAGCAUUGGUUACCAAGGUGAAAUAAAAAAGAAGACAUUACGAUUUCCAGAAGCCCAAAUAUAUAUUUUGUCACUGAAGACUGGGAAUAUAAUCUUUUUGACCCUUUUAGACAAUGAAUUAGGAUUUAUGGUAAUUUCUUAAAGUGGAGUCUGCUCUUCUGAUGUCUAUGACUGUACAUUUUUAUAAGCUAGAAUUAGAACUGUCUAAGAAGAAAGCCCAAAAAAAUUAAAAAAAAAUUAACAAUUACAGGCUUCUCUACAGGAAGCCCCGUCUCUGCUGCUUGAAACAACUUUCAGCUUUACAUAAAAAGCAGUAUCCUAAUUCAGAUAAAGUGAAUAUAUUUUGGUUCCCUGCUAAGCAGGUAGUAAACUUCUUCUGUAAAGAAGUGAUCAUGUCCUGUUUUAUACGUCACUCAUGUAUAUGUGUUACUUGUAGUUAUAUAAAUACAUGUCUUGAAGAAAGAUUUUAAAAAGAGUUCCAGACUAAUCUGUGAUGAAAACAUAAAUGUGAAUGAAAUGAAGCAUUGUAUUCCAAGAUGUUUUUCCUUCAGUUGAAAUGGGAAGUAGAACUAAUUCAUCUGAUAAUUUCAGAAGAAUGUAUUUCUUUUCCAUAGCACAGGGUAUGUAUAAUGGUUUGUUGAAUAUCCCAAGCACUUAAUGAUGGUGGGGAGGUGUGUCUACAAAGUUCUGAACCUUUAGAAUGUGAAGGUUUCAUUUGGUUCUGAAGUUUCAGCAAACUAUGCUCUGUAAUACUAAGAGAAAAAUGGCACAAUAAUGUAUCAUGCACUUAAGUUCCUCAAUGAAGAUGAAGCAUUCAACAGUGUCCCAUGGAAACUUUGAACCUGUAAAGGGAAUAGAAGUGAAAAUGUGUCGUCACUGAUCUGAAUGUCCAGAAUGCUGGAAGGUGGGAAUGUGUGUAAAAAGAGAAGAUUUGAUUAAUCUGAGAAAAGAAAGCACAAGCAAGGACGGUGGAAAUCCCUGAUUGUAUCUCUUGGAUUUAAAUGUUAGAAAAAUGAAAAAAAAAUUGUCUUCUGUAGAAAGAUAUACAAAGAAAAGACUCUGAAAGAAAGCACACAAAUGUACUUCACCAAAAAGUAACAAGAGAAAUUGAAACAAAGUGCCAAAAUCUGGAUUUACCAAUGAAUAUAUAAAAAGCAUCUCAUCUGGCCUUUUCCACAACUGCUGUGUAUCUAAAAUAGGGAGCAGAGAGAUGAUGAAGAAACUGUACCUAUUCUUUGGGAAGCAUAACUGAGAAAGCAAAACGAAAGAAGUUACUGAAAGUGAGAAAACAGCAAGUGGAUGCAGCCAAUUCUAACUGGUUUUAAUUGAUAGCUAUCUAAUACAACCUACUAAAUCUCAUGAAAUACAAAUACCCAAAACAGUUUGGACUAUCAUUACAUGCUGGAAAGAGUAUCUCUUUUUUAGUAAAUACUUUUGUUUGUUUUCUACACUGCUUCCAUACUUUUAUUUUAUAAAUGAAGCUAAGAAAAAAAUCUUCAGAAUUUAAACUCUAGAAAGUCCUCCAGAAGCUGGCACAUCUAGUGCCAAACUGAACUGGAUACAUGUAUUGUAAGCAACCAUACAAAAUGAAAGGGAAAUGAGAAAGAAAGAUGAGGAAAUGUGUUUCUCAUCAAACAUUUCUUAUAUUUGCAUUUUGUUAGUGUGUUAAGACCUUUUAAAACAAGAAGUGUGAGUUCUGAUAUGAAAAUAUGACCAAUUUAUAGAAAUAAUUCAACUAAUUCCAGUUGGAUAAGAUACAGAUGCCAAUAUUAGGAUUUGUAUAGCUGAUUUAAUUGUUUUACCUUUGCAUUUCAUGCUUACAAUAUUGUUUAAUUCUAAAAGUACAAUUUAAUUCUACUUAAACAUAUGUUGUCUUUAAAUAUUUUAUUUACUUAGAAUAACACAUAAUAAUAUAACCACUUUCUAUCUGAGAUGUUACUGAACUCUAAAUAAGAAAUUGUUGGAUUAAAGUUUAAUGGAAUGUACUAUGCAGGCAUCUAUAAAAAUGCCUUAAAUUAAAUGCCUGACUAUACAGACCUUAUGUUCCAGGUGAGCUUAGGAAUUCAAAUGCUGCUACUCAUAUGGAUAUGCAUGAUAAUAGUUGAUGCACUGGUUAGGAGUUUAGAAUGUAAAGGCAGGUGUAUUUGAAACUGGCUUGAAUACAUUUAUUUUUUGUUUACUUGGGCCAUGGUUUUGCAUGUUGUAUAUAUGUCUAGAAUUCAGUUCUCCUUCUCCCCAUCCCCAAAUUAAAUAUUCUUACACCCCACUUUAAAAAAAGCUAAAUGUACAGUAAAUAAGGAUGAUACUUAUGGAGAUGUUAAUGUUUAUAUGUAAAAAAAUGUUAUGUACAUAGAAAGAAAAAAUGGCUCAGUGAAUGUUUUUAAAAUAUUUCUUUUACACAGAUGUUGCAUUCACAUAUAUGUGCUACAUAUUUUAAACACAAAUUUUAUUUCACUGUCAACUUUAAAUCAUUUUGGGCCUGAUUCUACCAACCUAACUUAUGUUGAAUAACACUUCGCUCCAAUUGCAGUGUCAUUGAAGCCAUUAUGUAAGGAUGGCAGUAUCAGAUCCUGUGAUUGUUGCUAUCUUUUUCUUUUAUGGGACUUGUGCACCUUUUAAAAAUCUGAUCCUAAAAAUAUAGGAUUACAGGGUGGGGCAUUAGCCUAAAUCUAGGUUUUUGUAGUAAAGUGUUUUUUUCAUAUAGAUUUAAUAUAAAAAUGAAAAACUUGGAAAUUAAAAGAUAAGGCUAGUUUGCACAACCAUUACGUACACUGGUGAGCACUUACUAUUCACACAAGUAAGUCUCAUUGGGCUAUUCCAGUGAAUAAGUUUUCGCCAAUGUUAGUAAGGGUUGAACAAUCUAAACCAUCAUUUCUACAUGUUUUCUUAGCAUACCCCAAACCUUGCAUGUUACUUUCAAAUUAUUACAAGACUGAGGGCCAGAUAAAAAUAAGUAUAACAUUAGAUUGGUUAUUAAUAAAUUAUGAUAGGUAAGUUUUGCCUAUGAGAAUUUGAAAAUUAUGUGUAAAUGCAUUGACUCAUAAUAGCAGAGAUUCUGAAGAGACACUGAAGUAGUCAUAAAUGUUCACUGUCUAGGUAACACUAAUUAUACUGAUUGAUUAGACAGCAUGCGCAUAGAAACACAAAUGUUUUUGAUUGUCUAAACUAAAAUCCAUUUGAAUUGCAGCUUAAUUUGUUGACACCUGUAUUUUGUGUAUUUCAGGCCUAUACCUAUUGUUCAAGCUGUUGAAGGACUGUGGCUGUUAUUUAAAGUGUUCAGCUCUAGUAAUAUCAGUAGCCUUCAGUAUAUCCUUGAGUGCCUUACACAGCUUGUUAACACAAACACUUGUUGUUAAGAAAAACAAUAUACCUGAGAGUCAUUCUUGGUGGAUUGAUGCCAAAUUGCUUUGCAUCUAUAAUGCUACCAUUAAAACCUUACAAUAGGUAGUGUGUUUUAGCACAGUAAUGGAUUUAGUUUAGACUCAGGAAAUCAUAUUGUGAAUAUGUGUAUUAAACCAUGUAUUUAUUUAUUGUACAUUUUAUAAAAAGAUCUAUUGUAAAUUUAUGCAAAAUAUAAAUUAUAUAAAAUGUUUUCUCCUAUGGCAAACAUGCAGUGAGUUAUUUGUGUUCUCUAAUGUAAUCUCUUAAUAACCAUAUCCUAAAUAUGUAAUGUUUGGUUCAGUGCUGAAAUGGUAAUUGACAGGCCUAAAAUAGGACUGUAUGUUGAUCAACUACAAAAUUUU